ACUUGGUUAUUUUAAAUCAUGCAUGUGAUACAUAUCUGUGUGUGUUUCAUUUAGCUUUCAAAACGAUAGUCAAUCACUUACAGUUUCAUGAUUGUGAAAAUAAAAUGUGAAUAUAUAUUAACAACUAAAUAGGAUAUAUUUUAGGAUAUUCACAUGAAUCUAGCGGUUAUCAUGGGAGAUCGUACUGUGGUGAGUCUACGUGAUUGGAAAGUAUACGAGAAAGUGAUACCAAAAUACAUUACUGGUAAUAUCAACAUACACAAGGCUAUUGUCUGGCUGCACGAACAUGAAUAUAUAACAAUUGACGAAAAACUCAACUUAAUAUCACUCUGUCAAUUACAAAGAUGUGACAGGAAUAAAACGCUUUUUAAGAAAAUCUUUCAACUUCUUGACUUUCAGAACAUUAUAAGAUUAUUUCAAGAAAUAGGUCAACAUGCUUUUGCUGAUGAGUUGAAACUGGAACGAUACGGUUCAGGAAUCGCCAUGCCGUCACAAGGGGCAGAUUUAGCAGUUACACGUGCGACAUUUCGUUACUAUAAUAACAUGAAAAUUCAAAUGGAUAACAAUAUAUUCAAGCAGGGCAGAAUACCUGAACUUAACAGGCGUUCAUUAUUGUUGAAAAGCGAGAUAAUUACUGAACGGAACCUUUCGAGGAAACAGCGCCUUGUCAAUCGGUAUGCGAUGGUCAUCUACCAGAAAGUGGCACAGUACAGGGAUAGAGACAAAAGAGUUCAAAUAUUAGACGAAAUGAAGCAAUCACUACCAGAUGACGUAGAUCCAAAUUUUACAAAUAUUAUUUACGCCAGCAAGAUGGCGGUGACUGAAAUGCAUGCGGACCACGUGGCCUCUGCUGAACGCUAUAUGGAUGAGGCAUUUACACAAUGCGACGGAUGUGACCAAACAUUCGUGAAGUCUUUUUUGUUUCAUGAUUUACAAUUUGUGUCUAGAAUUCUUUAUUCAUACUCCCCUGCUGAAAAUCAUUUAAAAGACACAAUAUCACGCGGGGACCUUGGUCUAUUUUUCAUGCAAGAAGAUUUUGAUUCAACAGCAGCUCAAAUAUGGAGUAGAAUCUAUCUCAGUGAAAACGCAAUGGGGCUCCUUAAGGUCCGGAGCAAUUUUAAAGUACUUGUAAACGAAAGUGUGGACGGGAGUGAACUUGAACAUGCGGAGCAGCUAUUAUCUCGUCUGCUGCGAUCACGUGACUCACUCGAGCUUAGGAGAGAAAUGAUAUACAAUCUGUGUCAAGCACGUGUGUGUGAACUUAAAGAAAAUAUAAACGAUGCAAUCGGAUUCGCAUUCAAGGCGAAAGACCUUGCAAAGGAAGGCGUCCAUUUUAAAAAUGACGAAACUAAUAUUGAUGAAUAUUAUAAAUACUUGUGCAGAAAGGGUUAAAAGCGGUGUUUCUUUUUUAAUGGCUGAUAAAUGUCAUUUUGUCAAAAUGGAACAAUUGACGAUUUAAAAACGCAUUACCUUGGGGGGACUUUAAGACGCCUUAUAUAUAUAUAUAUAUACAGUCACAUUCCUCCAUUUACGGGGCAUCGGUCUAUUUGAGACCAUACUUGUGGGGUUUAUAUUUAAUGUGGGGCAUACAUAAGGCCUCGCAACUCUGGCAUGUUUAAAACGAUGUAUGGGAGCGUAGGCUACCCUUCUAACAUAGUGCCCGUAGGCCGGUUUUAGUAGUAAAUGAUAUAUGUCCCACAAAUGUAUAUAUUUUUAAUGGGGUUUUAUGUUAUUGGUCAAUAUGUUUUCACCUAUGGUAAAAUUAAAUAUAUAGUUGAUAUAUAUAACUUAGUACCCCUUAGUUCUGUUGUUUGGAAAUGUCAUUAUAUGCCUACAUAGUGGCAUAUAUAAAAACUGACUGCAUGAAAUAAUGCCACUCAACUCGGUCUUAUAAAUAGGCCCCGUAAGUGAAGAUAUGUGUGAAUAUAUAUAUUCGUAAUUAUAAGUAAGUAAU